AUGCCAAAGACUAAUGAUGGCUGGAACGUUAUCAAACUUCCUGGGGAAGGCCUAGUGACUUCCAGCGGCGUCGUAGCGGACGACUUCUGUGUCGAUGAGGAUGAUAUCCUAUCCAACACCAGCAGUGACGACUAUGCAGAUAUGUCGAACCCGUUCAAUAUGAGUCGCAAGGAUGUUGAACAGUUGGGGGCAGUUUCGAAUUCAUUUGACACUUUGACCGGUUCGAAAGAGUCCAGUUCGAUCAGAAACGAAUUGAACGGUACAAAAAGAAAGACUUCUGCAAAAGAUAUCCUUUCUCGUUUUGAAACUCUGCGGAAACCUGAAAUUAAAAUUUGGCAUGUGGCACUUCUAUCCUCUCUUGUGACAAUAUUGGUCCUAGUGGGCUCUCAAAAAUAUCUGAAAUUGUUUGAUGGAAUUUUACACCAAAAUGAUACCGUUUCCGUCACUCAUAAUUCUAGUAACAAGGACCUAAUAUACUCCGACAUAAAUUUCUUGAAUCAUGAUGAGCCUAUGUCACCUACCUGGAGGCCAACGGGUCAAUAUUAUGUGGACUUUGACAACCAUAUCGCUUAUCCGCUCCCAUCAAAGGAACUUUUGGGCUGGGAAAAAUUCAAGACUGAUUCCGUAAUUUUAUGGUAUACUGUGAAAUCCAAAUAUCGCAUAUUCUUACGCUCGGAUGCGGUAACCAAUUUCAAGUCGGGAUAUCACAGGUUUUCGGACUCCAUGAGCCAGGACGCAGUUUGGAUUCGGAAUAAAUUGAUACUCACCAAACGUCUUUUGGGUGAGAAGUUCAAAGAAAAUCUGCCUCAGUUCAAAAGAGGUUUAAUUGACAAGUGGUUAAAGUUGCAAAAUCAUUGCAAGAUUCUAAGGACCAAUUUAGCAGAGACCUGUCGUGUUGGGAGUUUAAGACUGAAACAAGCCACUGAGUCAAAACUUCAAGGGUUUUACGAUUCAACUUCCAAACUACUAUCAAAGAGAGGUAAAACUGUAUUGAAUACUUUUUCGAAUUUGAGAUCAUACAUUAUGGGAAAAGAACUACCUAAAAUGGAUGGAUUCCCCGAUGACCUGAUGAAGAAUUGUAAAAAAUGGUCAAAGCUCUCGGAUAAAAAUGCAAGAAUCUUCUUCUCACGCUUCCAAAGGAAUUUACACAAGAAGAAAUCGCAUUUAAUUGCGGAGCGCGUAGCAAGCAAUCUCAAGGCAUGUGAACAGGUUUUUAGAAAGAGGUUCAAAUGUUGGCAACCCUCAAGAUUCAAAAUCUCAAGAGGUUAA